AUGUCGAGCUACCUAUCUAGGCUCGUCGAUUACCUUUCUCGAAGCUUCUUCCCCACGCGAUCGCCGGACGUGGUCGUGCGCACCGGCGAGAAGUUGUUCAAGGUCGUCGGCCACUCGUUGCUUGAAGAUACAAGGAGGAUCUCGGAGUGCUUCCAUGUGGGCGGCUACGACUGGGCUAUCUGCUACUGCCCGAACGGCGUUGCCUCCUCUAUUCCUGAUGGGCAGUUUGCGUCUGUGUUUCUCAUGUUGAUGAGCGACUGCGAGAGGGUUAAGGCGUCCUUCACUUUCAGCCUGCUGCAGGACCCUGCCGCAUCACCAGCGACUGGGGAUGGGGAGAAGAACAAAAUUCACAUCACUCUCACCCAUAGCUUCAGAUCCAAGGGUGCUAAGUCGGGUCUGGACAAGUUCGUGAGUAAAGCAGAUUUGGCAGCGUUAGGAUAUCUCAAGGAUGAUUGCCUAGUGAUUAAGUGCAACCUCGAGGUCAUUGACGACCGUGAGAAUGCUAUCGGCAGUAUCAUGGUGCCACCAUCCAGCCUGAACACCGAUCUCCGCAACCUUCUGGAGACGGGCCAUAAGGCAGACCUGACUAUCAAUAUUGUUGGCAGCUUCAGAAGAUUUAAGGUGCACGGGUGCAUGCUAGCUGCGCGAUCUCCGGUCUUCCGUGCGCUGCUGUGUGGCUCAAUGAUGGAGAGCAAACAAAGCAGACUCAGCAUUGACGAUACGGAUGCCGAUGUUUUCGAGCUUCUGUUGUAUUACAUAUACAACGAUUGUCUGCCGGAGUCCAUGGAUGAGGCCACGGAAGAGGCGACAAACAUGGCGCAACAUUUGUUUGUCGCCGCCGAUCGGUACGGCGUGGAGAGGCUUAAACUGAUGUGCCAGAGCAAGCUUAGCCAGUCACUAGAUGUCGACACCGUGGGUUUCGUUUUGGAUCUUGCAGAACGAUGCAACUGCUGUAAACUGAAGGCUCACUGUCUCAGGUACAUAGAAAGGAAUUGCAACAGGUGGCCAGCUAUCGAAGAAACACAAGGGUUCGCACAACUAAAGGUCAACCAUCCGCUCCUCGCGCAGGACAUUCUUGCCAAGGCGCGACGACGUAGCAAGAACAAGCGGAAUAGGAAGAAGACCGGAAACAAGCUCCAGAAGAAAUAA